AUGUCUAACGAAGAGCUCAUCACCCUGACCUAUCAGGAUCGCAUCGCGAUUGUCACUCUCAACCGUCCCGACAAGUUGAAUGCCUUAAAUGUCGGACUAUACUACACUCUCGCCCAGCGUCUUCGUGAAAUCGAGAAGCGAGAUGACAUCUACAUUACCGUUGUAACAGGCACAGGUCGAUUCUUCUCCGCCGGCGCAGAUGUAACCAGCGCCCGCCCUGACCCUGGCAACGGUGACAGUGGCGGCAUCGGCUCAACAGCGCGCCAGGAACUAGUCCGCGGCUUCGUCGCCAACAACAUUGACACAACCCGCGCUUUUUACACGCACUCCAAGAUCCUCGUCGUAGCAAUGAACGGUCCCGCCGUCGGUCUCUCCGCAGCUCUGGUGGCUCACGCGGACUUCAUCUACGCCGCUCCACAUUCUUUUAUCCUGACACCGUUCUCUUCGCUCGGCCUCGUCGCCGAAGGCGGAGCUAGUCGUGCCUUUGUGGAGCGGCUUGGUAUUGCGAAGGCGAAUGAGGCGCUUAUCAUGAGUAAGCGGAUUACUUGUGAGGAGCUUGUGAGCGCUGGGUUCGUGAAUAAGGUCAUCAAGGCGGACUCGGGGGAGAGGGAUGAUUCGGCGGGUUUCUUGAAGAAUGUUCUUCUGGAGGUUGAGGAAAGACUGGGGACGCAUUUGAAUCAAUCCAGCUUGUUGAAGAUUAAGGAGCUUGUCAGAAGGCCGGAGAGAGAGAUUCUGGAUCGUCAGAAUGGACUUGAGGCGUUUAUGGGAUUGGAGCGGUUCCUGAGUGGGACGCCGCAGGAGGAGUUUCGGAAAUUGGCUUCUGGGGAGAAGAAGCAUAAGCUGUAG